GACAACCGGAGGCCAAUGGGAGCAGGUAGGAGGAACAGGCCCCUCCCCUGCCCCGCCCCUCUCGGAGGGGCUCCGCGCUAUAAGGGGGGAGGCGGAGCGGCGGGAGCUGGAGCUCGCGUAGCACAGGGAGCCCACGGACUGGCCACAGCGUUGGAGCCAGCAAAUCCCCCGAACCACGAAGGGGCCCGAGCAGCAACCACGAUGUGCGGAAUCUUUGCCUACAUGAACUAUAGAGUCCCCCGGACAAGGAAGGAGAUCUUUGAAACCCUCAUCAAGGGCCUGCAGCGACUGGAGUACAGAGGCUACGACUCGGCAGGUGUGGCAAUCGAUGGGAACAAUCAUGAAGUCAAAGAGAGACACAUUCAGCUGGUCAAGAAAAGGGGCAAAGUUAAAGCUCUGGAUGAAGAACUUUACAAACAAGACAGCAUGGACUUAAAAGUGGAGUUUGAAACACACUUCGGCAUUGCCCACACUCGCUGGGCCACCCACGGGGUCCCCAGUGCUGUCAACAGCCACCCCCAGCGCUCGGACAAAGGCAACGAAUUUGUUGUCAUCCAUAAUGGGAUCAUCACAAAUUACAAAGAUCUGAGGAAAUUUCUGGAAAGCAAAGGCUACGAGUUUGAGUCAGAAACAGAUACAGAGACCAUUGCCAAGCUGAUUAAAUAUGUGUUCGACAACAGAGAAACUGAGGACAUUACGUUUUCAACAUUGGUCGAGAGAGUCAUUCAGCAGUUGGAAGGUGCAUUCGCGUUGGUUUUCAAGAGCAUCCACUACCCAGGAGAAGCUGUUGCCACACGGAGAGGCAGCCCCCUGCUCAUCGGAGUCCGCAGCAAAUACAAGCUCUCUACAGAACAGAUCCCCAUCUUAUACAGGACGUGCACUCUGGAGAAUGUGAAGAAUAUCUGUAAGACACGGAUGAAGAGGCUGGACAGCUCCGCCUGCCUGCAUGCUGUAGGUGACAAGGCCGUGGAAUUCUUCUUUGCUUCUGAUGCAAGCGCUAUCAUAGAGCACACCAACCGCGUCAUCUUCCUGGAGGACGAUGACAUCGCUGCAGUGGCUGAUGGGAAACUCUCCAUUCACCGAGUCAAGCGCUCAGCUAGUGAUGACCCAUCUCGAGCCAUCCAGACCUUGCAGAUGGAACUGCAGCAAAUCAUGAAAGGUAACUUCAGUGCAUUUAUGCAGAAGGAGAUCUUCGAACAGCCAGAAUCCGUUUUCAAUACUAUGAGAGGUCGGGUGAAUUUUGAGACCAACACAGUGCUCCUAGGUGGCUUGAAGGACCACUUGAAGGAGAUCCGACGAUGCCGACGGCUCAUCGUGAUUGGCUGUGGAACCAGCUACCAUGCUGCGGUGGCUACGCGGCAAGUUUUGGAGGAACUGACUGAGCUCCCUGUGAUGGUUGAACUUGCUAGUGAUUUUCUGGACAGAAACACACCUGUGUUCAGGGAUGAUGUUUGCUUUUUCAUCAGCCAGUCAGGCGAGACCGCGGACACACUCUUGGCGCUGCGCUACUGCAAAGACCGCCGCGCCCUGACUGUGGGUGUUACCAACACCGUGGGCAGCUCCAUCUCCCGAGAGACCGACUGCGGCGUCCACAUCAACGCAGGGCCAGAGAUCGGUGUGGCCAGCACCAAGGCUUAUACCAGUCAGUUCAUCUCUCUGGUGAUGUUUGGUUUGAUGAUGUCUGAAGACCGAAUUUCACUACAAAACAGGAGGCAAGAGAUCAUCCGUGGCUUGAGAUCUUUACCUGAGCUGAUCAAGGAAGUGCUGUCACUGGAUGAGAAGAUCCAUGACUUAGCCCUGGAGCUCUACACGCAGAGGUCACUGCUGGUGAUGGGGCGGGGCUACAACUAUGCCACCUGCCUGGAAGGAGCCCUGAAAAUUAAAGAGAUAACCUACAUGCACUCAGAAGGCAUCCUGGCUGGGGAGCUGAAGCACGGGCCCCUGGCACUGAUUGACAAGCAGAUGCCCGUCAUCAUGGUCAUCAUGAAGGAUCCUUGCUUUGCCAAAUGCCAGAAUGCCCUGCAGCAGGUCACGGCCCGCCAGGGUCGCCCCAUUAUAUUGUGCUCCAAGGACGAUACUGAAAGUUCCAAGUUUGCAUAUAAGAUGAUUGAGCUGCCCCACACUGUGGACUGCCUUCAGGGCAUCCUGAGCGUGAUUCCACUGCAGCUUCUGUCCUUCCACCUGGCUGUUCUCCGAGGAUAUGACGUUGACUUUCCCAGAAAUCUGGCCAAGUCUGUAACUGUGGAAUAAGGAUGAGACAGUCACAAGACCAUCACCACCUUUAAUCUGAUUCCAGACCUGUCCCAACAGCAGUGAUGCUACAUGGGAAGAGAAGUGGGCAUCCAACAUGUUCUGCGUGUUCCUGUAGAGUUUGACAGUUUCCACGUGCCUUCUACCCAAGUGCUUUUGCUUACAGCAGAUACUGUUUCUGUGUCCUGAAGUCGCCAGAGGAGAAGAGAAUCAUUGUUUACACAUGGGGAUCAGAGCAGACUUCUCCACUAUCGUGCAAUAGAGAUACAGCUCUCUUCAGAGUAACUGUGAACCUUUUAUAACCAACACUAGAGUUAGUUUUAAAACACAAAAUAUUUAUAAUGAUGAUUGUAUAGCUUUUAAGUUAUUUUUCUAGUAUGUGGCUUUCUGUAGCCAUGGUAAUGGCCAAACUGUUCAUCCCAGCUACCCAUGCGCUGUCUCCAGUCUUGCUCCUGGCAGGUGGCAUUCAUCUCAGAUUUGAGCACAAGGCAUUGGCCCUCUGGACUUGUCUCUCCUUUACUUUCCUCUCUAGGCUGCCCCUGAAUCCUGUUCCCUGACAUCCAUGAAGCCCCUCCAGCCAUCCACCUAUGCCUCUUAUAAGUCCAGUUGAAAUCUCAGCCUCCUCCAACAUUUUCUUCUCGUGUGUAGCCCAAAUCUCUCCAACUCUCCAACUUCUGUUUAAUCUGAUCAUGGCUCUUUUUAAGCCCAGGCAGCAUUUUGGUCCCUGCUUCUUGCCCAUAGUAAAACAGCUUGAAAUAUCCCAUGCAAGAGAGUAGUUUCAAGUGGGCAACUCUGCUCUCUGUUUAAAAGCGUGCACAAUCAAAGUACUAUGCAAUGUUAGGACAAUAAAUAACAUACCAAUUUUU